CAAAGUUUUGGUACAAGUUAAAAACUUCAUGGUAGGUGUCAUAUCAGGUAGGGGCGAAACCAAAACCAGCUGCGGCUGCCAUUCCGCAAUCUCGUUUCCUCCAAUAAUUCGAUAAACAAAUCAAUCCCCAAUUCCCUCCAGAUAACACUAUCCCACCCUCCAUUAUCACCACCCUUGUUCCUACAACUAAUUCACCUCACAGUCUGCUCCUCCCUUUUUUUCUGGGAAUGGAGCUCGAGUAAUUUUUGCUGAAAUGGGUGAUUUAAUUUUGUGAUCCGGGUUAGAAUUCAUUCUGUAUUUGAAGUAUGAUACUACAGAGUUCUUUCACGUCCUGGAUCGAUCACUUCCUUGAUUACAUGGGUGGUUGCUUUGGUUGCUGUUCAAAUUCACCACCAAUUACUGCUGUUGAUGAGCCAUCAAAGGGUCUUAAAAUACAAGGCCAAACUGUGAAAAAAUCCAUUUUUUCAGAUGAUUUUUGGAGCACAAGCACUUGUGAUAUUGAUUUUGGCGCGUUUCAGUCUCAAAGAAGCUUAUCAUCUAUCAGUAUCUCAAAUACAAGUCUCAGCCAAUCAGGUGGCGCCACCUGUACUGGGAUCCAGCCAGAAUUCAUUAACCAUGGUUUGCUUGAGUGGAAUCAAACAAGGCUACAAUGGGUUGAAAGUGGAAAGCCCAACAAAAGAAAAGCUCAAGAACCCGUUUUAAGCUGGAACGCCACUUACGAAAACUUACUCGGUACCAGCAGACGCUUUCCUCAGUCAAUUCCUCUCGGUGAAAUGAUCAAAUCAUCGCCAAAAGCUCAUCAAAUUUGCUGUUUUUAAGCAUGGGGAUUAUACUAAACUACUACAUUAAUGUUUUAUCUUUGAAAGUAAAAAAAGGAAGGAUAUAACUUGUAGACUUUUGAUACCUCAAAAGGGUGUAAAGUGGAUAGAUAUAUAUCGAAUUUGAUUGUAUUUGUGUUGUAUAUCAGUAUAUGUAUGCAUCAAAUUGGAUUUAUGUAUUAAUUAUAUGUGUAUAUAUAUCUUAAAUUCUGGUUGAUGAUAAUUAGAUGAAUAAUGUAUUUAGCAUAAGAAAAGCGAGCAAUGUAUAAGAAUUCUGUUAAAUUAUUAAAGUAUUUACGAG